AUGUACCCAUUAAAUUUUCCGAGAACAGCGUCUCUCGUUCUCGGAACAACUUCUCAUGUUCUCGGAACAACGUCUUCCGUUUUCAGAACAGUGCUCUUGGAACAAUUCUCCCUGUAUAUAAAUCAGCUGAGUCCUUGUUGUUUAAGCUGAUUAAAAAGGAUUAAGAGGGAUAUAGGAGGAGUUAGAGGAUUUAAGUGAAUAUCAAGAUGUGUGCGUGACAUCGGCUGAUCAAGAAGAAUAACUGUGGAGUGGUAUAAAGGGAUUUUAAAGGAUUAAAGGGGAUACCCGUCCAAAUCACCGGAUAUCACCGAUAUCCCAUUUGAUCCGUAUACAUCCAACUUAAUCCUCAGACAUCUCCCUAUACCCUUAAUCCCUCUAUAUCUCCUAUAUCACAUAAUCCUCAUAAAUCUCUUAGCUCACUUAAGCCUAUACACUCAUACCGUCUUAAUCACUUAAAAUCCCUCAAUUCUUACGACAUUUUAACACUAAAA